AUGGACGAAGUAUCGUUGGUUAGUGGUACUGGCGAUGUGCGUGUGGUGAAAAGGGAAAUUGCUAUGCAAUCUGAGACCUUGAAGAGAAUGUUAGAGUCGUCUUUCUUGGAAUCACAAGGAACUAUAAAGCUUGCAGAAUUUGAUACCAAGAUAUUAGAUAAAGUGAUUGAGUAUAUGGAAUAUGCAUACAAAUAUAAGGACGCCGAUGAGGAUAUUGAGGUGCCAGAGUUCGAGGUAUCGCCGGAGAUAUCAUUAGACUUGCUAUUGGCGGCCGACUAUUUAGGAAUAUGA